AUGACCAAUCCGUUGUUGUGGUGUUUUAAAGAAGAAAAGACUUUAAUUUUUUUAAAUUGCCAUUUAAUAUAUAUCGCGACACAACCCGCUUUACUGCUUGAGACCAUUAUUAACCACAUGAGUUGGUUAAUAAAAAAACACCCAAAAAUAUUAAAAUACAAAAGAAGUACUUCAACAAUGAUCACACCAACCAGUUCUUCACAAAAACUCUUUUCAACACUCUUUUCUAAAAAGCGAACUAGUGACAAUCCCAAGGCGACAACUCUCAACUUUUCUUUUGAUGAAUCGGCAAAUGAUUGGCACACCAAUGAAAAGGAAUAUUCUCUUUUCUCAGAGUUGGGAUAUUUUGAAUUUGUUGACACAAAAGAAAACAAAAACAUCGUCGAAUUCGUCAUUCCCCAUAUUACUUCUCUAAGUUUUACUGUCGACAAGAACACGGUAAAGGUUAAUGGAGUAUACGGGAUCCCUGUCAUCGUCUCCAAGUCAAAGAUAUACUAUUGCAGACAUGCAAAGCAAAUUGAGUUGAAAAAUGUGACGUGUGACUUAGCGUUUUUCUCGCAG